UAUACAUGCAAGUAAUCAUCUUUUGCAAACCCAGAACUGAAAUUUCUUCAUUUUUUUUUCAUUUUUGUUCUUGCAAAAUCUGUCUCCAAGUUAAAUGGACGAAUCUCGGCGAAUGUGCAUGGGAAUGUCAACUACCCAAUCUCUUCCUCGACGAAAUUCUAUGGAAAAUUCCAUUUUUUCAAUGAACCGUGUCACCAUGGAGAUGCAUGAUCACAAUCUCGAUGUAGAUGACUUCUCUGACGUCUUCGGCGGCCCACCACGGAGUGUUCUUUGCCGGAAGUUGUCCGGCGACUUCACCCGGUCGACAUCCUUUUACGAAGAGGUUUUCCACCCACCGGAGUUCAUUGCAUCUCGUUCAAUGAAGGACGGCAGGAGUCUACCCCCGUUUAAGAUUCCGGCGAGAGAGGAAGGGUUCUACAGUGACAUUUUUGGGUCGGUUGAUGAUCAUUUGCGGUGGAGGGAGAGGUCAAGGUCGAAUUCGAAGGCGAAGUCAAACUCAUCGUCGGUGCUGAGUUCCGAGGAGCUGAGCCCUCUCCGGCCGGUGGUAGGAGAUGAUGUUGGUUUGUCGUCUUUUGCUUCAAAGCUCAGGUGCAGGCCAAUUAAUGUUCCAUGCAGAUGGAACUCAACAACAAUGGUGGCAGAUGAGGAAGCUGCAAGGCAACAAGGGAUGCCGGCAUUUCCAAGCAGCCGUUCUUUCUAUAACAAAAAUCUUUACGUGGAAAACGAAUACGAAAACUUGAUGAGAAGCUCAUCAAAUAAUCAUGGAUUCAGUCGUCGUGCAACUUCCCCAGAAAUUAUAAGCUUGGAACUCCAUUCUUUUCGAAGUGUCAAAUUAUCAGCCGAUGAUUUUGAGUUCAAUUCUCCUUCUUCCCCUGCCUCUUCACUUUGUCAUGAACCAGUCAGAGCGCCUGGUGAUUCAUUGCAUCAAGAAGAAGAAGAUGAAGUUAUGAGUUCCUAUUUCAUUGAGAUCAAUUCUGAUCUUAGAGAGAGUAGUGGUGAAGCAGUUUCGAUCGAUGAAGCGAUUGCUUGGGCGAAGGAAAGAUACAAUACUCGAACUACUUCUGAGAAAACCCAGUCAACUGAAACCGAAGGAAGGUCUACUUCACAUGAAUCAUUUGACCUUCAAAUGGAUGGCCAUGGAACAAUGCAAUCUCCAAAGGAAGAUGAAGAAAAGAAAUCGAAAGCAAAAGGAGAAAAAGAGAUAUCAGAAGAACAUAUUAAAAUGGAUAUUAUGGAUGAUGAAGUAAAGCUUUGGUCAUCCGGGAAUGAAAAUAACAUGCAAUUUCUCCUUUCAACACUUCAUCAAAUUCUAUGGCCAAGUAGUGGUUGGAACAUGAUCCCAUUAACAAGUCUUAACGAAAGCUCACAAGUGAAAAAAGCUUAUCAGAAAGCUAGGCUAUGUCUUCACCCAGACAAAUUGCAACAAAGAGGUGCAACCCUUUCACAAAAAUAUGUUGCAGAGAAGGCCUUCACCGUCCUCCAGGAUGCAUGGGCUGCUUUCAUCUCCCAAGAUGUCUUCUUCAACUAGUCCAAAACUCCGGGGAUCUCGUAACCUUUCUGGGAAACUUGAUACAAACAAAGAGUCCCUGGAUUGAGAAGAUUGAGGGGUCUGUUUAAAGGCCUGUUAUGGUUAGAACUGAAAUUAUAUAUAUGUACAUGCAAGAAUUUUGUAUGUUUGUUUGAUGCCUACAUUCUACCUUUCUAAUUCAUCCACCACGAUAUAAUAACCAUAAAAUCAA